CCUGGACGGCCGCGGACGCCGAAACCCCGGUGCCCAACGCCCCGAACCCAUCGAACCCGCCUGCUCGCCGCCGCCCGGGCACCACCAGACGCCACGACCGCACCGUGUCCUCCCCCUCCACUGUCCACUCCACGGCCAUGACUCGAGCCGUUUAUAUGCACCUACGCGCCCCGCGCGCCAGCGACUCCGUCCAAGAAGCGCACCCCGCCGGCCCACCCGCCACCGCCAGAUGACGACGCCCCGCCACCAUGCGCCGCCGCCGCCGCUGCUCGCCGCGCUUGCUCUGCUGCUGAUGCUCGCCGGGCCCGCCGCGGCGCAGCCGCCGUCGCGGGACAAGGACAACGGCGGCGGAGGAGGAGGGUUCGGCAUGCAGAACCAGCCGCCGGGCUUCAGCGCGCCCAUGGUCGUGCUCCUGGUGGCGCUCAUCGCGGCCUUCUUCUUCAUCGGCUUCUUCUCCGUGUACAUGCGCCGGUGCGGGCGGGGCGCCUCCUCGGACGGGCCUGCCAUCCCGGCCGCCGCGCUGCUCGCGCUGUCGCGGCAGGAGCAGCGGGACCAGCAGCAGCGCGGGCUCGACCCCGCCGUGCUCGCGUCGUUCCCGACGAUGAGGUACGCGGAGGCCAAGGAGCUCCGGGUCGGGGGCAAGGACGCCGCGCUCGAGUGCGCGGUCUGCCUCAGCGAGUUCGAGGGCGACGAGGAGCUCCGGCUGCUGCCCCGGUGCAGCCACGCCUUCCACACGGACUGCAUCGGGGAGUGGCUCGCCGGCCACGUCACCUGCCCCGUCUGCCGGUGCAACCUCGACCCCGGUCAGGAGCUCGCGGCGGCCGAGGCGGACAGCUCCGGCGAGGUGGCCGCGGAGCACGAGGCCACGGAUCAGGUGGUCAUCGGCGUGACCCACGAGGGCGCCGAGGACGAGGAGGAAACGAGGAGGGAGGAGGCGAUGGAGCUGGAGCGGAUCGGGAGCCAGCGCCGCGCGGUGCGGUCGCGGUCGGGGCGGCCGCCGCCGCCGCCGCUCGUCCCGCGGUCGCACUCCACGGGCCACUCCCUCGCGGCGCGCCUCGACGGCGACCUCGAGCGAUUCACGCUGCGGCUGCCGGAGCACGUGCGCAGGGAGAUGGUCGCGGCGGGCGAGGAGAGCCUGCGCCGCACGGGGCCGGCGGGGCGGGACCGGGAAGGCCGCGCCGGCGCCGGCGCCCGGAGCGCGCGGCUCGGGCGGUCGGACCGGUGGCCGUCGUUCAUCACGCGGACGUUCUCGUCGAGGGUCCCGUUCUGGUCCGCGUCGAGGAGGGCGGCGCCCGACGCGGAGGCCGCCGUGGUAGCGGCAGGGAUGGAGGCGUCCACGGCGGCGGCGAGGACCAAGCGUGAGAAGACGGCCACCGCGGCGGACGGCGGCACCGUGACCCCGCCCAAGGGGAGCGUCCGCUUCGACUGCCUCGGCGGCGGCGCCACUGCCGUCUCGGCCGCGAGGGUCGGCGCCGCGGCCGGCGACAGCGAGACCGAGGACGACGACGAGGAGAAGGCGAUCGCCCGGCACGCCUGAGCGGCAACGCGCGACGAGAGCGGGAUUCGUGGCACCACGCAUCGCCACGUGCUCGUCCACAACUUCGGCGGCGCCCGGCGCACGGUACAGCUGGUAGCGUAUCAACGCGCGGCGAGACGACCGUGGCCAUCCGUGGCCAUGUGAUCCGCGGGCGAAGCUGCUCGCGUAGUCGCGCGCCAAUGGGAACGCGCAGCUGACACGACGAUUCCGUCCCGUUGGAGACGGUCCCCUUUUCCCGUUUUCCUCUUCUGCGUGCUAGUGCUUGUUUAGAAAAGAGAGAGGAGAAUUCUUGAUUCAAUUUUUUUCGUUGACGUUGAAAAAAUGGAGCGAAGUCGUUGUAAGAUAGUAGGAGCUGCAGUUGGGCGUGGUAAGCUGGGAAAGAAAUUAAAUGGAUUCAAAAAGUUUACACGAGGUA